GUAAGGUGUUGGGAACCUUCUGUGUCUUUGUAUAUUUAAUGUAGUUAGAUCAGUGAGAGUGAAUCAUUUGAACUCUCUGUUCACCUGAUGGGCGAGGGGGCCCAUGUUACACAGUCGGUUCCAGUUCAUCCCAGAGGUGUUCAGUGGGGCUGAGGUCAGGGUUCUGUGCAGGACACUCGAGUUCUUCCACACCAAACGUAACACACAAUGUCUUCAUGGAGCUUGCUUUGUGCACAGGGGCACUGUCAUGCUGGAACAGGUUAGGACCUCUUAGUUCCAGUGUACAGCGUACAGAGACAUUCUAUACAAUUAUGUGCUUGCAACGUUGUGCUAACAGUAUGUGGGGAGAACCACAUAUGGGUGUAAUGGUCAGGUGUCCACAAACAUAUAGUGGCCAUACAGUGUAGUAUAUAGUUAUCUCGGUAAGCUCAGAAUUAUAUGUGUAAUACUUUAUGCUAAUGUUAACACGAGUAUUAUUAUGGCCUUUUUAUCUGACUGGUGAAGCCGAUAGGAAAAGAACCUUCCAAAAAGGGCACUACAGAUAUCAAGAGGCAAAGCAGCAGAUGUUCGGGAACACACAGCUCCCCUUCAGGAGAUGAAUUUAUGUUUUUCUUGAACUUUUAUCAUGUUGUGGAAGCGAAUUCAUUAAUGACUUGGUGAAAAUGACUUGGUGAAUUUGUGUUUACCUUCAAACAUAACGAUGUGUAGCGAUGUGGAACUUGCAUUUAUCAGUUUUAAUAGAGUCGCUGUUUUGAAAAGGACUACUGUGCAGUUUCUCAUUUCUUAUUUCAUAGUGAGUUUCCCAACAACAUCAGUCAUGGAGCAGCAUCUGUUCAUUCUCCUGUUCUUCACAGGAGUCGUCCCCCUCACCCUGUCUGUCCCUCGUAAGUACUAUCUGAUCCAACAGGGGAAACGAUGGAGUGAUGCUCAGGUUUACUGCAAGACCAACCAUGCCGACAUGGCUAUCAUUGAAAGUAAUGAUAACAUGAUCCAGCUUCAGAAUGAAGCACAGAGAGUUCAAUUCAGUUCCAGUGCUUGGAUUGGACUGUACAAUGACAUCAAUAGCUGGCGCUGGUCCUUUGGAAAUGAGCCCCUGGGAAGUGUGAAAAAAUGGGCUGGAGUUGAGCCUAACAAUAGUGGCGGAAAUCAACAAUGUGUCGCGUUACUUACUACAGGUUGGACAGAUAGAAUAUGUACAGAAGCAUUACCUUUUGUGUGCUUUGAUGGUGAGAUGCUCCAUAUUUCACAGCAAUAA